AUGUGUAAAGAAGGAAUCACUGGAGGUGCAACAACUAAGACUUUUUGCGGAACUCCUGACUAUAUCGCCCCAGAGAUCAUACUGUACCGACCUUACGGUAAAUCGGUUGACUGGUGGGCAUAUGGGGUGCUAUUGUUCGAGAUGUUAGCUGGACAACCACCAUUCGAUGGAGAAGACGAGGAUGAACUCUUCACUGCUAUCACAGAACACAGUGUUUCGUAUCCUAAAAGCCUAUCUAAAGAAGCAGUUUCGAUUUGUAAGAUGCUGCUCAACAAAAAUCCCACAAAGCGACUGGGUUGCUCGAUAGACAUUGUUGCAGCUGAACUGGACGUGAAGGGACAUCCUUUCUUUCGGCGAAUCGACUGGCACAAGAUUGAAACUCGCCAAGUUCAACCACCUUUCAAGCCAAAACUGAAGUCGCUUGAUGACGUGUCUAAUUUCGAUUCCGAAUUCACCCAGGAAAUGCCACAACUAACGCCAAUCGAUCGCUUGUUUCUCAUGAAUUUGGAUCAAACCGAGUUCGAAGGCUUCUCAUACGUUAAUCCAGAAUUUGUGCAAGAAAUUUAA